GGCAAUCCACCACGAGGCCUCCAUUGUUUGACGGAACAAACUACACUUAUUGGAAGGAGCGGAUGAGAAUUUACAUCCAAUCCACCAACUUUCUCCUUUGGAGAAUUAUCAAAAAUGGUGAGAACGUGCCAAUGAAGAAGGUCGAGGAAACCAACGUCCCUAAGACCGAGGAUGAAUAUGAUGCACAAGACAUCAAGAAGGUGGAAAACAAUGCCAAGGCCAUCAACAUCAUCUAUUGUGCUGUUAACCUGGAUGACUACCGGAAGAUUUCUUGUUGCACCACUGCAAAGGAAAUGUGGGACAAACUAGAAAUCACCUACGAAGGUGAACAAAAGAAGAAGGGGAUAGCACUCAAGGCUACCUCAAGCCAAGAACCCGCCAUGGAGGAAUCAAGCGAUGAGGACAACGAGUUCGGGCUCGUCAUCAAAAAGUUCCACAAGUUCAUGCGAAAAGAGUAUGAACGAAAGGGCAAAACGCAUGGAGGACCACCCAAAUGCUAUGGGUGUGGAGAAGUUGGGAACAUCAAGGCAAAAUGCCCAAAUGCCAAAAACGAGAAGGAGAAGAAACCGUUCAAGAAGCACCGAGCUUACAUUUCAGGGGGAGUGUUCUUGCAAAAUCCCUGCAAAUUUCUCUUCUUUUUGUCUUGCUCUCCCUCUCCCUCUUUGUUGAAAUGGCAGGAGGUCAAAAAAAAACGAUCUCGCACCGGGAAGAACGUUGCUUCCUCCUCGGCUCCUCCACCACCGGCGCACCAAUACCUCGACGGAUCUUUCUUAUGGUUCAACGACCGCGCAGAGGCGACGCAGUUCUCGGAGAAAUUUGAGCACCGGGAAAUUCUCCCUCCCCGAUUCUCCACCGCCCGCUUCAUUCAUGACUCCAUUCCACGUGAGGCACGGGUUAUCCUCGAACGUGGAAACUUCCUCGACCUCCUCUACAUCAAGAAGGCCAAUUAUCACCCCUUUCUUGUUCGAGCUUUCUACUCGAACUUGAAAAAGGAUGAGGACGGAGCGUUGAUCUCUAACGUCAACGGGGUGGACAUCUAUUUGAAUGAGGAAAACAUUCAAAUCCUCACCGGGCUUCGUCGGGACAGACAGGAUCUCGGGCUCUACGUCGGAGAAGAAGGAGCGCGGUUCAAUGAGACCGCUCUCUUGGAGGAAGUGGGCAUCCGACACUUCGUCCCCACUCCCCAACAGCGGCGCCCUACGAUUGCUUCCACGAGUCCCGUGUUUCGAUUCAUUUUUUAUGUUUUGACACGGAUUCUCAAGCCUAGGAAGUUCAAUCACACCACUCUCUCCCAGGAGGACACGAAGACAAUUCAUGCGAUGAUUCACAACGCCAAUCUCAAUUGGUGUAAAUUUGUGAUGACUCACAUGUUCACCGCCACCUCCGACAAUCGGCCGCUCCUCUACGCCCUCCUCGUCAUGGCGAUUCUUGAAGAGCAUAAGAUCAAAACCGAUGUUGGGCCAAAGAUAAAGGGGACAAAGCAUUGGGAGAUUGAUGAAUCCUCCUUCCACUCGGGCACCGACGAGACUCCGUUUCGACAGCCUCGUCCACGCCGCCAACGAAGAGCCACUGCCUCAACCGCCACCACUUCGACCAAUCCUUCUCUCGCCGAGCAAAUGGCAGCCUUGACCGCCACUCUCUCUCGGAUUGACACCAACGUCUCCAAAACGGCACACAACGUCAAUACCUUGAGCAGUGAACUUCACGGGUAUUUUGACUUUGUCAAUUACUCGUACGCUCAAAUGGUCCCUUACGUUCCUCCACCGAAUUUCGGAGGUGAACAGAGUGGGACUCAAAACGUUGGUAGAGAUGACGAGGUGGACGAUGAGGAAGAGGAAGAAGAAGAGGAAGCCGAAGAUAAUGAUGAAGAUGAAGACGAUGAAGAAGAAGACAUUGACGAAGACCAACUUCUCAAUGAUCUUUCACCGGACUUCUAGAGCUCUAGCUCUAUUCCCUUCUCUUCUUUAUUCUUUUUAUGCUUUUAAUAUUUGCUUCCGUCAUGUACUCUGCUACUUCCCUUAAUUAAGUAAUAAAAAUCUUUAUGGUUU